UAAAUAUUUCGUGCCAACAAAUACACCAUUGCUAAUGUGAUAAUAGACUUAUGGCUACAAAUCACUAUAAUGGGCUGGCAAAAUUGUCGGUCCCAAGCGAGUGGUGUGAGGCAUAAUAAGAAAUCAUUUGUGGCUGGCACUUUGCUGCGCCUCAUGCUGCGCAUUUCCAUUUUGAGAAUAUGCGAACUCACGCUGUUGUUGUCUCCAAAGAAAUCGCCAACAUUUCCUAUUUUCUCCUUCAAACUCUAAACCUGAAAUUAUCUUCAUGCAUUGCUUACCAUCGAAUCAGCGGGAAUAAUGACACCCCCCAGCCUCGACAAUCUAGUCGUGGAUACAGUAGCUACUGCCACCUCCAAAGUCACACCCAGCGAUCUCGCCUCCAAUAUCGCCCACAGCCGUGAUGUCUGCUUCCCAGACGUAUUAGCCACGGCAAACAUGCUUUCCCUAAUGGAAAUAGCCAGUGCCCGAGUUCUCACGCCACACCUUUCAGGCGCGCAGACAUCUGUAGCAACGCGAUCCGAUAUCGCUCAUUUAGCUGCGACGCCUCUUGGUGCUCAGGUGACAGCAACUGCGCGCUUUCUGGGGCUAGAGGGCACGCUCUAUAAGUUUGAAGCAAUUGCUUCUGAUCCCGGAGGGGAGAUUGGCAGGGCGCAUAUGUGGCGGGCGGUGGUCUUUAAAGAACGGGUUGAGAAUAGUGCGUCUCAGCGGCAGCCGCAGCAUGUGAAUCCAGAUGAAAAGAAGUCGGAACGGAAGUACAUACGCGUGCAACUGAGGUCUAAUGCAGCUACCGGAGUUCCUGCGCCGAGGAUACCUUGGAGGCACGGCGGCGAGGAAGACAUCCAUCGUGUAGUAGAAGAAGGUCCUGAUGAACUGGCCGAGCGCUGGCUUGAGGGCGGUGCGGAUCUUACCGCUCUGGAUAUCUUCGGUUGGACAGCCCUCCAUGUCACUGCGAGAUAUCGAAAUGUCAAAAUACCUCGACUAAUGCUUAAGGGCGGUGCCGAUGCCAACGCAGUCACUGCCUGUGGGAUGACGGUGCUAUUCAUCGCUGUGGCUAGUGGGAAAGCUGAUACAGUGAAGUUAUUAUUGGAGAAUGGCGCCGACCCGAAGGGUGUUUAUGAAUCUCGCAAUACGUUAUUGCACACAGCUGUCGAAAAUAUAGGGGAUGAGGUGCUGAGCGUUUUACUCGAAAGGCGACUGGAGCCCAAUGCGCAAAAUAGCGAUAUGUGGACCCCUCUUCAUGUUGCCGUGAAGAACCGCUCAACAAACAAAGUGAGAUUACUACUUAGGCACGGAGCGGAUCCAAAUAUAUCAGAGGAUGAAUCCUGGACAAGCCUUCACCUAGCUGUGGAUUCCGGGGAUGAAGGAAUCGUCAAGAUCUUGCUUGAAAACGGAGCGGAUCCUAAAAGUGAGAAUAUACGCGGGGACACGCCGAUGAAGCUAGCAGUACGAAUUGGGAAUGAGCGCAUGGUGAAGACUUUGCUUGAAAAGGGCGUCGAUCCUUCCCUGGGGUAUGGAAGGUGCACAGCUGUAGAAUGGUUGAAGGGGCACCCAGUCACUGGUCUAUCACCUCCUACUCGCGCCUGAGUCCGUAACAAGCCCACCGAUCUCUAGAGCAGUGUUAAUAAAUCUAAUAAUUAACAGUCCCUGCGAAGCCUUUUGGGAUGUAUGAGUAUUCCAAUACCUUAUCCAUCUGCAUAUAUAAUAUGAGACAAUCACCUCAUCAAUCUUGCAACCAACAUCAACGUCAUCACCCAUUGCCACGCUUACAAUCACAUCGAUCAGAAUGGAGUUUUCAGCAUCUCGAAUCAAAGACUGGCUACAGACAUGCGAUCGUGAUCACGAGGGAUGUUAUGACUUGCCAGACAACAAUCCUCUGGUAGUUAGUGCCUCUAUCCCCUAAUAUCUACCUAUCAUUUUCUAAUAUCUGAUUUCAAGAGAGGAGAAAUAACUUUCCAAUUUCGCGAGGAAGUACAGUCAAAUUUUAGACUAAUUGAUGUUGAGUUGGAAUGUGUCAAAGAUGCUCGCCUUGGUGACAGAUAUAUUGCGCUGAGCUAUGUCUGUAAUCUGCCGUCUAUGUUCACGCUGAGGAAUGACAACGCCGAGCUGCUAUAUGUAGAAGGGUAUCUAGAGAGAGUUCGACCGGACCUCCCAAAGACUAUCAAUGAUGCCAUUGACCUCGUGCAAGCUAUCGGCGAGAGAUAUCUCUGGGUUGAUUCCCUGUGCCUCAUAAACGACAACGAAGGCGAUAUUGCUCUCGGCAUUAGAUUGAUGAACUCUGUUUUUCAAGGCUCAUACUUUAACAUUAUAGCCGCUUCGGGAACCGAUGCGAAUGCCGGCCUCUGGGGACUUGGGUUAGAUACUAAAGAACUGAUGGUACCACAGAGUUUCGAGGUUGGAAUCGACUUAAAAACGAGGCUGUCGAAAUCGGAGUAUAGCAAACGGGCCUGGACUCUACAAGAACUUACCCUGUCCCAAAGAGCCCUCAUCUUCGUCGACAAUCGACUCUUCUUCCGUUGCCAGGCGGCGAGCUGGGAUGAAACAUCUUCGACAGACAAACUGCCCAGUUUAGUCGAGUGCGGCACCAACGAGCCACGCAUCUGCGGUCUUCCCGGUCCGUCAGAUGGCGCAUUACCAUCCCUAGCGGCAUACGUAGAACUUUUCGAGGAGUAUUCCCGCCGAGAGCUGCGUUACGAUGGCGAUGCAAUACGUGCC